AUGACCUCCUGUAUCUUAGCGGGGAACAUUGAGACCACACCCAAGGUCUCUCCUGGAGAUUCUGAAGCCAAACCUCUGAUCUUCACAUUUGUCCCCACUGUCAGAAGACUGCCAACCCACAUUCAGGUGGCUGACACUUCCAAAUUCCUUGUUAAAAUUCCUGAGGAAUCACGUGAUAAGAGUCCAGAAAGUGUAAAUAGGUUUGAGUACAGUGAUCAUAUGACCUUCAGCUGUGAGAGCAAGCAGGAGAGAGACCAGAGGCUACUGGCUUCUGCCUCAGAGGAAAGUGGAAGGAAUUCACAAGGAAAGAAACUGGAUACGAACGACCCACUAGGAAUGCAGAAAGGUGACCUCUUCAAAGCAGAAUAUGUUUUUAUUGUGGAUUCUGAUGGGGAAGAUGAAGCUACAAGCAGACAAAGUGAACAAGGCCCCCCAGGGGGAGUAGGCAACAUAGCUACCCGGCCCAAGUCCUUGGCUAUUUCUUCUAGUCUGGCCUCUGAUGUGGUACGUCCCAAAGUACGCGAGGCUGAUCUCAAGACCUCAUCACAUCCUGAAAUUCCUUAUGCAAUGGCCCCUCAGCAAAAGCAUGGACAGAAAACGCCACCUGUCCCAGCUAACGUCAGCGGAGCCUGUGUGCUAGAGGAGUUUCACACUCGCAGGCUGGAUGUCACAGGGGCCUCGGUUGAAGAAACAGCUACGUAUUUUCACACUACUGCUCGCGAUUCCCCCCUUUCUGCAUGGAGGGAUGCUUCGUCGCUAGUAUUUUCCCCUUCCACUCAACUGCCAGGUUCUAGUUCAUGUGGCUCAAAUGUUGCUGAUCACACACGUGGGCUGGCAUCUGAAGCACAGAAGAAAGCAUCGACGUCGCAUGUCCUUAGUCCCAGGGAAGAUCUGAGAACCUCUCCUUCGUCUGCCUCGGGUGCUUCUCUGAAGUCCCCUUCAGCUUCCUACCUACCUGUCCGCAUUGUCAUGCAUUCACUCUCUCCAAGUCCCAAACCACUUACCUCAUCUCCCCAUGGCUCUUUAUCCACUGUCUCUAGCCGAAUGUCAUCCACUGGAAACCUUUCAAAGUCAGGGCUGAAGUCCUCAGUACCUUCUCGGCUCUCUCUCCUCACUGCUAUCCUCAAAUCAAGCCCGUCUCACCAAAGGCCUUUAUCCCCCGCGUCAUGCCCAACCUUCUCCCUCAACUCCCUGGCCUCUUCCACACUCACACUUGAUCAGAAAGUAAAGCAAUCUUCACCCACACCUAGGAAAUCUCUCUCAAGUUGUUCCUUGACAGCUGGUUCAACAGAACAAGAAGAACACAAGGCGUCUGCAGAGACCCACCAAUCCUACCACCCCCCUUUCUUGUCCAAGUCUCCCCCACUUUCUCAGUUGUACCCCCUCUCUCCAGCAGCACCUGACAGUAGCAUCUAUGCUUCUAGGAAUGUAGGGAAAACACCAGAAGGUACACUGAGGAACAGCACAACACUACCCCAGUUACAGAGCGCCACAUUCGGUUUUGCUGAUGUCCCUUCUAUUACAUCGAGUUUAUCCCCGCUUUCUUCUUUGGAGGGCAGACAGGAUGGUGACCUCAGGGCUCCAGAAAGGAGCAGGAAUAUUUGCAAACACCCUUCUACCUUCUUAUCCUCCGCACCUCCUGCUAAUGAAAACACUGCCCUUUCCUCUCUAGAGAAAUGUUUCCACCCCUCCCCAGUCCUCUCGGAGCUGAUAGACAGAUCCCAAAGAGCCUGCUCUCAGCAACUAGCAGGCCAGGAACUGCGCCCUUCUGUUCUGCCCGCUCCUCCUGUCUCCCGUGCUGGCUCUACGCCUCAUGCCAACUUGGGACGCUCCAUUCUCCCGCCCGAGAGUUCACUUACCCAGGGACUCCAGCCUAGUCCUUCAGUACUGCACCCGAGUUGUGGCAGUGGCGCAAGAACUGGAACGCCUGAAAGCACAAUGUCCAACCACAGCUCACUUGUUCCAACCCCGUCACUUCCUGUCUCACUAACAAGAACCAAGGAGCUGAGCACACCUUGCGCAUUGUCCAUGUCAACAGGCCCUGAGAAUAAGAAGCCCAAGCAAUACAAGACCAAGUCAAGCUACAAGGCUUUUGCAGCAAUCCCUACAAACACAUUGCUCUUGGAACAGAAGGCACUAGAUGAACCAGCCAGGACUGAAAGCAACUCCAAGGCCAGCGUGUCAGACCUUCCAGUGGAGCAUUCUUCUGACUCUCCUUCACGGCUCUCACAGAAAAUGUUGGGUUCUGAAACAAUCAAAACUCCUUCAACUCAUCCAAGAGCAGCUGGUCGAGAAACCAAAUAUGCAAAUCUUUUAUCAACGUCCUCUACAGCGUCUGAGAGUCAACUGACUAAGCCUGGAGUAAUUCGCCCAGUACCUGUAAAAUCUAAACUGUUACUGAGAAAGGAGGAAGAAGUCUAUGAACCCAAUCCCUUCAGUAAAUACCUUGAAGACAACAGUGACCUAUUUUCUGAGCAGCUGGGCAUCUUUUCUGUGAAGCCGGAUCAUCCCAUGGUGGCAAUUCCUGAGCAUGACAUUCUUGAUUCUAAAGAGUAAUGAAUUUGGACCGGAAGUGAAAGGCAGUCUGCUGAAGAGCUUCGGAAUGCCGGUGCUAACCGGUGCUGGCUUCCACUCGUGCUGUUUUCAGAAUGAUGCUCUGUUGCUGAGCUCAGUCCAGCAGAAAGCGCCUGAAAGGUCUGCUGCAACCACAUAGCAUCAUCACACUCGCGAAACCCAGAGCAGGAUGGUAGACGAGUAGCUUCUUGCAUCGCCGUUCAAGCCUAUAAUGCCUUCUAUAAAGUUGACAGCAAU